AUGGAGCACUGGAACUCCACUCUGGAAAGUGGCUUCAUAUUGAUGGGGAUUCUGAAUGACAGUGGGUCUCCUGAGCUGCUCUGUGCCACAAUUGCAGUCCUGUACAUGUUGGCCCUGACCAGCAAUGGCCUGCUGCUCCUCGUCAUCACAAUGGAUGCCCAGCUCCACGUGCCCAUGUACCUCCUGCUCAGGCAGCUCUCACUCAUGGACCUCCUCUUCACAUCUGUUGUUGCUCCCAAGGCCAUCGUGGAUUUUCUGCGUAGUGAAAAUACCAUCUCCUUUGGGGGUUGUACCCUUCAGAUGUUCCUGGCACUGACGCUGGGUGGUGCAGAGGACCUCCUACUGGCCUUCAUGGCCUAUGACAGGUAUGUGGCCAUUUGCUAUCCUCUGAACUACAUGGUCCUCAUGAGGCCCAGGCUCAUGGUGUAUGUGACAGGUGUGACUUUCCUCUUGCUCCCUCUUUCUGUCAUUGUUGCCUCCUAUACACUAAUCCUACUAACUGUGCACCACAUGCCCUCAAAUGAGGGGCGUCAGAAGGCCCUCAUCACCUGCUCUUCCCACCUGACUGUGGUCGGGAUGUUCUAUGGAGCUGCCACAUUCAUGUACGUCCUGCCCAGUUCUCUCCACAGCCCCAAGCAGGACAACAUCAUCUCUGUUUUCUACACAAUAGUCACCCCAGCCCUGAACCCCCUCAUCUACAGCCUCAGGAAUAAGGAGGUCAUGGGGGCCUUGAGGAGGGUCCUGGGGAAAUACAUGCUGCCGACACACUCUACCAUCUAG